AUGCCUUCAUCCCACUUGGUUCAUAUCCUCGUGGCAGUGGCUGCUCUGCUUGUAACCAGUGAUGCUCAGGAAACAUGUCCACAACUUAUAGCAGGUCCUCCAGGUCCUCCUGGACACCCUGGACCACAAGGGUUAAAGGGCAGACAAGGCGAGAAGGGAGAUCAUGGGAUACCAGGUCUGUCUGCAUCGGAGGAUCCUAAACUGCAAGAUGACCUUAAGGAAAUCAAAUACAGAAUCACCAUAAUAGAAAGAGCCUUGGCUUUGAGUGGAAAGAUUGUAACAGUUGGCAGUAAAGUGUUUGCCAGCACUGAAAAAACGGCUGAUUUUAACAGUUCAGUAAGAAUCUGCAAAGCAGCCCAUGGCACCAUUGCUUCUCCGACGAACAAGAAGGAAAAUGAUGCUAUUAUGAGCUUUGUUAAAUCCUUUAACACAUAUGUUUACCUGGGCAUUACUGAGGGGCAUGUUCCUGGGGAAUUUCAGUACCUGAACGGGGAGUCCCUGAAUUAUACAAACUGGUAUGAAAAUGAGCCCACAGGGAAAGGGGCAGAAAAAUGUGUUGAAAUGUACAGUGAUGGCACCUGGAAUGAUAAACGGUGCGAUGUGUACCGCCUCACCGUCUGUGAGUUUUAA